AUGGACGGAAAGAACAACGAGCCUGCCGCUCACGUUGAGAAGGAAGCCUCCUCCAUCCCGGAGAAGGAGCUAGCCACCGAUCCUGAGAAGGAGGCCAUUUACACUUCUGGCGCCGAGCACAUUGCUGAUACCGCCGCUCGUCGCUCGUCUGUUGCUCACAAUCUCGUCGAGAACCCAUUGACGCGUCAGAGUAGGGAGGAGUGUGUCUACGCUGCUGAGGAAUGGGCCAAGAAACAUGGCCUGGACGAACACGCCACCCUGUUUGGCAAAGCAGCCCUUGUUGCCCGCGACCCUGAGCGCUUUGAAAUGAUCACCCAACUCGACGACACCGAGCGAAAUGCUCUCAUCUACGAGCGCGACCACAAGUGGCACGGUCCCAAGAUGCUGUGGUACUCGAUCGGUUUGUGUGCUAUCGGAGCCGCCACUCAAGGCUGGGAUCAAACUGGAUCAAACGGCGCCAACUUGUCUUUCCCAGAGGAGUUUGGUCUGCUUGAGCGAGGUGCUUAUGGCGAGUGGAUUGUCGGUCUCAUCAAUGCCAUCAUCUUCCUCACUGCUGGUCUCAUUGGCGCUUUCAUCGUCGACCCGCUCAACAAGUACCUGGGCCGCAGGGGUGAGAUCUUUGUGACUGCCGUCUGUCUCACUGCUACUCCCAUUGGCUCUGCUUGCGCACAAUCAUGGGAAGGACUUUUCGCUGCUCGCUUCAUCAUGGGUAUCGGUAUCGGCGCAAAAAAUGCUACUGUUCCCAUCUACUCUGCUGAGAUGGCUCCACAUCGAAUUCGAGGCGCCCUGGUCAUGUUUUGGCAACUUUGGGUCGUCAUUGGUAUCUUCCUUGGUUUCUGUGCCAAUGUCAUUGUCAAAGACACUGGUAGAAUCUCAUGGCGCCUGCAACUUGGCUCGGCUUUCAUUCCUUCUUUCAUUCUCAUGGUUGGCAUCUUCUUUUGCCCGGAGUCUCCUCGUUGGCUAAUGAAGCACGGCAAGGUCGCCAAAGGAUUCGAGUCGAUGAACAAACUGCGAGCACAUCCCAUCAUCGCCGCACGUGAUUACUACUACUCAUACGUCAUCUACGAGACCGAACUGGCCGUUGCACGUGGAGCUGGCUACUUUGACCGCAUGUGGGACUGCUUCCGUGUCCCCAGAAUCAGGCGUGCCAACUAUGGUGCCUCCACUGUCAUGAUAGCGCAACAGAUGUGCGGCAUUAACAUAAUCAGCUUCUAUUCUUCGACAAUCUUCAGUCAAGCGGGUUACAGCACGGACCAAGCGUUGUAUGCAUCUCUCGGUUAUGGUGCUAUUCAGGUCGUCUUUACCAUUCCGACUCUGUUCCUUAUCGAUACAAAGGGCCGCAGGACCCUUUGCAUGUGGACUUUCCCUUUUAUGUGCAUCUUCUUGCUAGCAGCCGGUCUAUCUCUGCUCCAGCCCGAUACCGCCAGCAAAGCCGCACAAGUCGGACCCGUCGUUCUGUUUGUCUACCUCUUCACCAUCAUGUACUCUCUCGGAGAGGGACCUGUCGCAUUCCAGUACUCUGCCGAAGUUUUCCCUACGAUCCAGCGUGAGCAGGGAAUGGCCUGGGCUGUGUGCAUCAACAACACCUUUGCUGGUGUCCUGUCCCUCACCUUCCCCCGUAUGGUGUCAGUGAUGACACAAACGGGUGCCUUUGGUUUCUACGCUGGUCUCAACCUGAUUGCCUGGGGCAUGAUUUUCUGCUUCGUCCGCGAGACCAAGCAGCUUACCCUCGAAGAAUUGGACCAGGUCUUCAGCGUACCUACCAAAACAUAUCUUCACUACCAGAUCUCGGAGCAGGUGCCUUAUUUCAUCAAGCGCACUCUUCUUCGCCAGAAGAUUCCUGAGCCUCCGCCAAUCAUUGAGAAGAGCUACAACACUGACGCUGUUCCAACAGCUUGA